AUUUCAAACUGGACAAAGUACAUACCAAAUGCACCAAAUGAAGUUUUUGCACUUGUUUUAAAAAAUUCUGAAGACAAACUGUCAAAGAAACAGAUAAAUGAUUUAAAAACAUUAAUAUCUACUAAUUACCCAGAUGUUAAAUUCAGUCUUUUAAAUAUAAGAUUAUUAAAAACUUUCAAAGAAAACCUUCAAAAAAUAAUUAAUGGUAUUGACGUUGAAGCUGUGCUGACCGCUGAUAAUAUAUCUGAACAUGAUUUAGURGCUAUUGCUAGUGGUUCAAAAUAUAAAGCUCUAUCAGCACUGGGUAAAAUUAACGAGCAUUUCAAAAUAGAUAUAGAUAAUUCAAGUGAUGCUCGUUGGCGUUUUGUUUGGAUAGUUGAUUUCCCAUUAUUUGAAAUUGAAUCUAAUCAAAUUCAAUCAGUUCAUCACCCAUUCACACAACCACAAACAAAAAUUACUUCUGAUAACUUAUUAGAGGUCAAAGGAUUCCAUUAUGAUUUGGUAUUGAAUGGAAGUGAGGUAGGAGGAGGUUCAAUUCGUAUACAUGAUGCCGAUCUGCAAACUAAAGUUAUUGGUUCCAUUUUAAAUAUACCUAUUGAGACUAUGUCUCAUUUAGUCGAAGCGUUGAAGUCUGGUUGUCCUCCACAUGGUGGAAUAGCUUUAGGUGUUGAUAGAUUACUAUCAAUUUUGUGUAACACAAAUAGCAUUCGUGAUGUUAUUGCUUUUCCUAAGACUUUUGAAGGAAAAGACUUGUUGUCUGGAGCUCCGACUGAAAUCACUUCCGAAGAUAGGAAAAGAUAUCAUUUAAAAAUUGACAAUGUAGAAAAAACAUAAUAUUAAUAAUAAACAUAAGUAUAUUGAUUGA